AGGUGAGACAUUACCACUUUAGAAACAGAAGAGCAGGUUAGUUUCAGACAUGGAGGACAAAAUAAUCUGUGUCCCAGGCCAAAGGCUCUGUCUCUCAGAUGACGAGCAUGUUUCAGGAAGCGGUACCUAUGAAAGACAGGGGUAUAUCUAUGCUACAGUUGCUGGUGUUGUAGAUUUAGUAAAACAAGAUAAGGGAUUUUUAGUGCAAGUUCAUAACAAGGAGCAGAGCAUCGUACCCAUGCCAGGGGAUGUCGUCACUUGCAAAGUGAAUGUAAUCAACCAAAGAUUAUGUCGUUGCAGCAUAACUUGUAUUGGUGAUACAGUCCUGAUGAGACCCUUCAGGGCCAUCCUCAGGAAAGAAGAUGUUCGAGCUACUGAAAAAGAUUCGAUAGAAAUGCAGAAGUGUUUUAGAUCUGGUGAUAUUAUCCUGGCCAAAGUUUUACCGAUGAAAGAAAUUCAUUCCUAUCAAAUAACUACUGCCGAAAAUGAGUUGGGUGUUGUGAUCGCUCACAGUGAAUCAGGUGGCGUUUCGAUGGUUCCAAUUAGUUGGACGGAGAUGCAGUGUCCUAAAACGUACAACAGAGAGUUCAGAAAAGUAGCCAAGGUUGGACCAGAGAAUAUCGUUAUUGACUAAUAGCGCUGUGAAUUAUUAAUAACUUUAGAGACUCAGCACUUGGGUUCUCAGAGUUAACCACAAUUUUAGAUUUUGUAAUAAAUCUCUUGUAAUUACUGUAAAUGAAUUAUUUUUAUUGACUCAGUAAGUCAGACUCAUUUAUUUGAGCAGAGUAGUAUUACCCUAUUUUCUAAGUCUUAGUUCUAAUCGGGUAAAUUUUUCCAGAUUGAAUCCUCAAAUUCAAAUUACAAUGGUUCGAAAGUGCGCUGUGAAGGGUUGCAAAUCCGGCCCUUCAAAUUUCAAAUUUCCUGAUGACCCUGAACUGAGGGAACAAUGGAAAAGAAAUAUUGAUCGUCCAGACCUGGAAAUUACCAGUUAUUCAACUGUGUGCAUCAAGCAUUUUGAUCCUGACGUGAUUAUUAGGUCAGAUACAUUCCACACAAUGGGUGGCAAGGUCAUUGAAAUUCCACGAGGCAUACCGAGGUUAAUGGUUGGGGCUUGUCCGAUCCCGAUUUCACCUCCAGAAGCAUCCCAAGUGGAGAAUAUCUACGCUAAACCUAAACAACCUGUAAAUAGGAAAGAUCCUGAAGUCCGAAAGACUGAAAUACAGCAGAGGCAGUUGCAAGAAUUAACUAGAAAGAGAGAAGAGCGAAUAGCUGCCAUUAGAGCUGAAAUAAGAGCUUUAGAAGCUGACAGAAUCAUGGGGUUUGAAGCCUUUAAAAGUGAUUUGUCAUCAAAGAAUAUUGACCCAUUUUUUGCAGUGCUCAAAGAGUCAUAUGUUAUUUUUUUCAAAUUAGACGAUGAUAAUUUCUUCUCUGUACCUGCUGCCAAAGUAUUUUUCAAAGUCAACAAUCAAUUUGAUGUCAGUGUAUUCCUAGAUAAUGAAAUGGUUGCCACGAGCAGUUUUACCCAUAUUUUAGGGGAGGGAUUGAAAUGUAACGAGUGGAGUAAGUUAACUGGUCUUGUUAAGUGCCUAGGUUCUUAUGACUGUAGUAAUAAUCAUGAGAGUAAAAUUGUACUUUAUGUUGAAGAUAUUCCAGAUUCAAUUGAAAAUGUAUGAAAAUUAUUCUAGAUACACACAUUCAUAAUUUUUCUUAAUUUUGUGAUUUUUCUUUCUGUCAUAAUCUUUUGCAACCAUUUAUUUUAUUUGCAGGCUUUUUUUUCACCCUACAAUUUUUUGAAGGCAUACUUAAUUUCCUCUAUCUGUGCUCUAUUGCAAUGAAAUUUUUCAGUCUUCAUUACCUUAAUAAAAUCAUUUCUGAUCUGAA